UUGCGCAUUAAUCAACCACAAACUCAUCCUCCAACAGAAAUUAACCUUAGAGCUCUAAGCACAAGCACAAACACAAACACAAUCAUGCAUACUCUCUAUUUUUUCUUAGUACUCCUUGCUAUAAUACAUGGAAUUCAAGCAGUUGAUUACAGUGUCACCAACAAUGCCCUCUCUACUCCAGGUGGAGUACGUUUCCGUGAUCAACUAGGAGCACAAUAUGCGACACAAACAUUAGAUUCUGCCACACAAUUUAUAUGGAGAGUGUUCCAACAGAACAACCCUGCCGACAGAAAAAAUGUUCAAAAGGUGAGUUUAUUUGUGGACGACAUGGAUGGUGUAGCAUAUACAAGCAACAAUGAAAUUCAUUUGAGUGCAAGGUAUGUUAAUAGCUAUGGGGGUGAUUUGAGAAAGGAGAUUACAGGGGUAUUGUAUCAUGAAAUGACACAUGUAUGGCAGUGGAAUGGUAAUGGUCAAGCUAAUGGUGGAUUAAUUGAAGGUAUAGCAGAUUAUGUAAGAUUGAAAGCUAAUUAUGCACCUAGUCAUUGGGUCAAACCAGGGCAAGGAAAUAAGUGGGACCAAGGUUAUGAUGUAACUGCUAGGUUUUUGGAUUAUUGUGAUACUUUAAGAAGUGGGUUUGUGGCAGAGUUGAAUAAGUUGAUGAGGAAUGGUUAUAGUGAUCAAUUCUUUGUUCAACUUUUGGGGAAGACGGUUAAUCAGUUGUGGACAGAGUAUAAGGCAAAGUAUGGCAAUAUAGCCUAAUUAAUCAAGGGAUGAAUAAAUUAUGUAAUAGUAUCUUUAUAUUAAUGUAAGAAUAAGCGACGUUUUGUCGUUAUAUCUAUGUAAGUUUGUAUGAUAUUCUAAAUAAUUCAAACUUAUAUGAGUUAA